UUUCCCACUCUCUCUCUCUCUCCCUCUCUUUGUAUAAAUGGUAUUCCUUUUGAGAAGAAAAAAAAGCCAAACAAACAUCGAUCUAUAUCGAUCUAUACAUAUAGAUCAGAGUCGAAGGCAUCAUGGAAGCCUCAUUAUCCCUCUCAAUCUCUAAUAAUCUUCAAAAUCAAAACAUGGAAACCAGUAGUAAUGAUGCUCCUUCUCCUCAUCAAGUAGAACACAACAACACAAGCACGACGAGUUCAUCAACAGAAGAAGAAGAACCAUUAGGAGGAAAAUCAAAGAAGAAGAGGGAGAGAAGUAGUAGCAGUAGUAGUUGUAGUAGGGAGAGUGAGAAGCACGCGACAUACAGGGGCGUGAGGAUGAGAAACUGGGGGAAGUGGGUGUCAGAAAUAAGGCAACCGAAAAAGAAAAACAGAAUAUGGUUAGGCACGUAUCCAACUGCCGAAAUGGCGGCAAGAGCGCAUGACGUGGCAGCCUUGGCGAUCAAAGGUGAUUCCGCAUUCCUCAACUUCCCUCAACUUGCAUCUCUUCUUCCACGCCCUGCAACCACUUCGCCUAAAGAUAUCCAGGUUGCUGCUGCCAUCGCCGCCAAUGACACCGACUUUCAGUUUCAUCAACCACCACCUUCUUCUUCUUCCUCCUCUUCAUCUUCUUCUUCAUCACAAGAA